AUGUCUCAUCCAUCAAAAUUGAAGCAGCCCAGACAUCGCUAUAUAGUGCAAAAGCUACGUGUUAUGGAGGGAACAAAAUGGGACCGUCCUUUUCCUAAAUCGAAGGAAUAUUGGAAGAAGUUUUGCGACGAUGAAGAGAAAAGAUUAAUUAGAGUAAGAAAUUCAUUUCCAAAAUCACCUUACCUUCCUAUCAUUCCUAUUUUGCGCGAUUUUGAAACAGACGUUCGCGAUAUCGUAGAUUCUUCCGUUCCUCGAAGCUUCGAUGAAAACGUACUUCUCGUAGAUCCGAAAUCCUUUGAAACGCCAGAUAUUUCUUCAACAAGAGACAACGAAAGUUUUAUUUCUAACGUUACAGAGCCAAUAGUUAAAAUCUCUCCUCCCACACCAAAAAAACCAUCAAAAAAUGACGCAGUCACAAUCGCUAAAACGAAUACAAAGGAACAACGCACGCUUGUUACUAUUCAAAAUAAACUUACACUCAAAAAAGUGGAUUCGUACAAAAAACCAGAGUCGCUUGAUGUUUCUUCCAAAAAUUCUAUCAUACCACAUGACGGAUCAAGAGAUGGAAGAAUAUAUUCAAACAGGACAUGUCCUUUUCACAGAUAUGAAUCCGUGGUGAAAAUUUUUGACGACGAUAUCGAAAGAUAUUUGACGGAAGAUCCGAGAGCAAAUGUGUCGCUGGGAGAAAAAUUGAACAAAUUGCCAUACGUGCAGAAUGCAUCUAAAUAUGAUAAAGAUAAGAACAGAAUAACUUCUGUCGAGAGUAAGAAGAUCGAAAGGGUUACUGUUCCACAAAAGGCAUUGGAGUAUUAUCUGGACAAUGCUGUUGAUUUAACCACAAGUGGAACUGCAGAGGUCAAAUCUAAAAAUAAGAAAAAUUAUCUACAAAAGAGAUAA